UUCCGUGAAAGUGUCGGGGUGUAUUGGCGCUGUCAUAUGGAGGCAAACGAGGCGCCGUGUUAGGCACUCUGGCCUGCACGGACGCCUUGCUGUGUGCGUUACGUCGUGAAAAAGUAGUUGGAAGAAAAAAAAAGAAAAAAAAAAGCGAACUGUGUAAACUAAGUUUUAUUAAUUUGGUGAGUGUCACGGAUGUAUUGGAUGUUACGGAAAAGUUGAAAGCGCGAGUGUAAGGAUACAGCGAAUUUAAAAUGGGUCAACCCAGCAACCCAGCAACCAAACGUGUACUCCUUUCUUCUACUAAUUCAUUAUUUGGCCUAGUUUUAUCGAGAGUGAGCGAACGAAAAGAUAACGCAAAAGUCUUCUCGUUAUGAAAAAAAUGACACGAAAAGUGCGCCUUUCUUCGACUUUUGAUUCUUCGUCGUUCGUCGUUGCGUUCGUGAUCGUUGACAUCGCCAUCGUCGUCGUUGAUUCUACGAUCGAAAUUUUUAUUUCCGUUCGAUGAAUAGAAGUAUGAAAUUCUCGCCGGCUAUGGAAAUACAUUGAUUGGCCACACGCGGCCACAGUAGCGAGAGGUGAUACAGGUGAUAAAGGGAAGCGGAGGUGAGAGGUCGCGUUUGCAUUUCCUCCUACAUGAGGAAAUCACGAUUCAACAAACGAAUCCCAUCGUAUUGGGAUGUCUUCCAUUCGAGGAAAUCGUCGUAUCACGGAUGAGUUAUGUCAAUAAGUGUUGAUUGAAUGUGUUAAAAAUGGCGGCCAGUAAACCUCCGGAAAUGAAUUACACGUGCGAAAUUUGCGGUCUAGAAGGUUUCAACGAUGAAGAGAUGAGAUCUCAUAUGGUUUUCUAUCAUCUUCAAGGAGCUGCAAAUUGCCCCUUUUGCGAUUUAGGCGAAAUUUCACCAACAGAGAUGUUGACACAUGUUAAUAGUGCUCAUCUCGAUUAUUUAACACCUAGUACUCCAGAGAGUGAUAUGAUGGCAUUUAUUGAUGAUGAUUCAUUAGUGGAUGAUAGAAGACAUGACGAAUGUCGUGGUCCAUGUCCUUCUCCAACCAUGUCUCCAAGUCCUCCACUUCUUCAAAAUGGUUGGAGUAGUUCGUUUAGUCCUCGUGCUAAGCAGCAGCAAGAGAUAUUAAAAUCAGAGCCACAAAUUUCUAGUUCUAAUAUGAAUAAUAAUAACAACAACAAUAACAUUGGAAAUGUUAAUAAUGUUAUAGAAGGUGCAGCUGGACAUGGAUCUCCACUGCGUUCAGGCCUAAAUUUACAACUGCGUUCUCAUGCUUCACCAAAACUUCCAGUUCAAGAAUGUCCUAUGUGUCCCUACAGUUCUGAUAAUCCAUCAAGGCUAGAAGAGCAUAUCAACAGACAACAUUUUGAUCUUACUUCGCCGUCCUUUCCACCUGAAUCUCCACCAUCUCGUGAUGGUGUCUUUAACUGCCCUUUAUGCAUCACGUCUUUUCCAAAUUCUUCUGAUCUUGAAUUACACGUUAAUAUAGAGCAUAAAGAUAUUUUAAGUCCUGCAAAUGGUGCAGCUUCCCAAACGGCUCAAGCGACUAUUGGUAGUGAUACACCUGUAUGUCCAGUUUGCUUUAGUACCUCGUUUAAAAGCAAUGAUGAAUUGACUGCACAUAUUGAAGAACAUUUCAGUAAAAAGUGCACUCCAUCCCCUAUAACUCCAGAUUUAUCUACUGAUAGAAUGUUAGCAAAAGAUAUGGAAAGACUUGAAAAGGAGCUCAGAAAAUUACGCGAACAACGUGAAUUUGAAUUGUUAAGAGCUCAAUAUGGGAUGGACAAUCAAGGAAAUUUUAGGGAACAAAGUGUUACCAAUAUGCAGCGGGCUGUAUAUUCAGGAGAAAUGACAAUUGCUGAUUAUUACGAAAGACAAACUGAACUCAGAGUAGCUGAAAGCAGCGGUAUCGAUGAUGGCAGCUCCUGUACACGCGGAUUAGUUCCCAAAAUACGAGCUGUCAGUCAAGCAUGUAGUAAUGUAUUAAGCACCUGGAUGUGUUCUACUGUAGAUCAUUAUGCUACCACUUAUGGAGAUAAAGGAUGGGGAUGUGGUUACAGAAAUUUACAAAUGUUAAUUUCAUCACUUUUACAACAUACAGGGUAUAAUGAGUUAGUUUAUAAAGCAUGGAAUUCUGGUUUGGAUAGUGGUAAUUCUACCAAGAAUCCAUUACGAAGUUCAAUACCGUCGAUCUCUAGACUUCAGAAAAUGAUAGAGUGGGCUUGGGCUCAAGGUUUUGAUACCCAAGGAGCAGAACAAUUGGGAGGAAAAUUGGUGAAUACUAGAAAAUGGAUUGGUCCUACAGAAGUAGUCAUAUUAUUAUCUAGUUUGAGAAUAAAAUGUCAGUUAAUAGAUUUUUAUACACCAACUAAUUCUGAUGGUGGACAUCCUGAAAUGUUUAAUUGGGUUUUACAAUACUUCCAACGUUGUGAUGAUUUUAAACCACCUCUUUAUUUACAGCAUCAAGGUCAUAGUAGAACAAUAAUAGGAGUAGAACAAUUAAGAGAUGGUUCAAUAACAAUGUUAGUACUCGAUCCAAGCCAUAGCCCAGCACAAAUGGCACAAUUUAACAAUACAAGUAGUGCACUCGGUGCAAUGCGUUUGGUGCGAAAAUCGAUUGCAGCGAUGAAAGCAAGACAGUAUCAAGUUGUUGCUGUUACCGGUAUCAUGGAAACUGACUUAGAAUAUCAUGAAAGCAAAGUGUUACGUUUAAUUCGUGUACCACAAGAUAGGUGAGACUUACUGGCUCGAAAAGAAGUUAAAUCUUUUGGAAAGACGAUAGACUGCCUGAAACCAAUUUUGUCCGGCAUCCUUAAAGUUACAUGACCGCAAUAUUCUAGGUUUUAUUAAUAGGGGAUUUGCUCCACCAUAGUAGUUGCAAAAAUAUUAUUUAACAAUAUAUUCUUGCAUAUUUUCUCCGUCGUAUGUCGGUUUCUCAAAUCACGUAUAUUUAAGCCUGCGUCGCGGUUCAGAAUUUUGGAGUUAAAAUUGAUGAACUUAUAAAUUUACAAUUUUUAAAAAAAAAAUCUAUAUAUCGCGAAAAUUAAUUUUUUUUUAUCAGCAUUAAAAAUAUUGUACUUUGAUGUGUGCUUGAGAAAGAAAAUUAUAAUCAGGAUGUAUGUUCAAAGAUAAAAUCGAUUGAAAUUUUUUGGUCUAAAUAAUGUUCUGCUCAAUUUUCGUCGCACCGAACAGGUUGUGCUAAUUUUUAAUUGAUCAAUCGACUUAUGCCGAUCGGUUGCAUCAGCGAAAAAAGCCAUGGCAGAGCUUGAAAAAUGAGACUCUUUCGUAGCUGUGAUGCUGUUAACAAUUUAAUGCUAAUCACCGAUUCUUAAUAUUUUUGAAGACAUUCCAUAUGAUCAUUAAAAAAAGCAUUGUCCGUGUUUUAAUUUCUUUCAUUUGUAUUUUACAUUUUUAAUAAACAUUGUUGUCACAAUAUUGUCAAUUUUUAGUCAGUAUAAGUAUCAAUAAUAACGAUAUAUCACAAUUCGCGUUAUAUAUGAUGAAUUUUAUAAAUCGUUCUAAAAAAAUUAUUCUCAAAUAAAUUCUUAUUAUCGUUGUUUUUACAUAGUUUUUGGGGUGUCUACAAGAAUAAACAACAUAUUUCCAUAUAUUAUAUAUACAUUUAUCUAUAUACAUAUACACAUAUGUGCACACAUUCUUCGUUAUAUUACACUUCAUUCACUCAUACAUAAAGUACAACUACUUUCAUACUAUUUAUGAAUAAUGUAUUUAAUUAUUGGAUUACUUUAAGACUUAUCCAUACCUUAACAUGUAAGUUAAACACAAUGUUGA